AUGACUGCUCUCGCCAUCCUCUCGCUCCUCCUCACGCUCAGCACCUUUACGCACGGUCCCGCAGGCGUCUUCUUUGCAUUCGUCAUCGUGAAUGGCAUAUCUCAAGCCGCCGCAGGAUCCUACCUACAGACAUCAGUCAUUGCAGUCGCAUCCCAGUUCGGUCCUGCAGCCAUGCAAGCCUUAUUUUCUGGCCAGGCAGCUGUGGGGGUGGCCGUCAGUCUGGUACAAGUGUUGAGUGCAGCUGCCUCCGUGCGCGGCUCUGAUUCCGAUCCACCCUCCGACGGUAAAGCGGAGGCCAAGUCGGCGUUCGUGUUCUUCGGCUUGUCGUUUCUAUUCCUGCUCGCCAGUGCGGGAGCAUACAUCUGGAUGACGCGCCUGCCUUCCUAUAAGGCUGUGGUGAUAUCCUCUGACAGUCCCAGGAAAGGCGUGAUACAUUCCGCGGACCGCGUAAACCCUACCGAAACCCACGGGCUCGUAUCUUCUGGCCCUACUCGACACUCGGAUGUGAAAGCGAAUAUUCUGAGAAUAGCGAAAGCAAAUCUUGUUUAUGAAACUUCUGUAGCAUAUGUUUUCAUCGUCACGCUUGCUGAAUUUCCACCUCUUACUGUAUCGAUCCAGCCGACUAAUCCUGCUACUCACCCGCUUAUGUUUUCGGCCCUGCAUUUCCUCAUAUUCAACAUCGGUGACUUCAUAGGACGAUAUCUAUGCUCUACACCGUCUCUUCUUAUAUGGUCUGCCCGUCGCCUCGCGGCCAUGUCCUUCGCCCGCACCAUAUUCAUUCCCCUCUUCCUCAUGUGCAACGUCCAACGAGACUCACCUGCGGACUCUGUGUCGAUGCUAUCAUCUACGCCCGUCAUCAACUCUGACAUGGUCUUUUUCUUGUUGCUGCUGCUGUUUGGGCUAUCAAACGGGUACGUCUGCAGUAUGGGCAUGAUGUCCGCUGCUUCGCUGGAACACAACCGGCGGCUGCGAGGGCGGAAAGAGGACGUGGAUGUCGCAGCUACCGUCGCAAGCUUCUGUUUGGUGGCCGGCUUGGUCCUUGGGAGCGCUGCAAGCUUUGGAGUGAGGAGCGCAGUUUGCGGGGGAUGUAACCCGUUCAAGGGAUAA